AAUACCUCAAAUAAGACAGCAUUUAUAAUGUUGAUGUGGUAUUGGGAUGUUCGUUUCAAACUUGUACGCUAUCGCACUAACGUUACUUCGCAGAUAAUUUGGCUAAAUCCACACAUUUUGUGUCUAACAAACAUAAACCACGUGGUUCCGUGCACACCACGCCGCUGCGCUGCUGCAAGGCGAUUCCAAAUCAAUGGACGUAAUUUCAGCGCCUUUGGACGUUUCGCGUUGUUUUGUGCAUUGUUAGGUUUUAAGAUGGUGGUCUGGUGUGUAAUUGGUGUUGUAUUUUUGAAAGUUGAGGCCGAGUAGAGCGCUACUGCACGCGGUGUUUGAUGGGUUGCGAGAGCGGGCUAAAGUUAUUGUGGGCAGUGCGGCCAUGCUUGUGGCUUGUGCUACAGCGAGGAUUUGUCGUCGUCUAACUCUCAGCUCGUCAGACGUAAAAACCGAAUAAACCCCGCGUACACUGUAACUGUAAUCCCAUCAACUGGAACGUGUUUUGCGCCUCUAACAGCGUCAACGAUUUGGCGGGAGAGUGCGCUUUCGGUGUUUGGACUGCGCCUUUAUUCCCGUAGCCCUGCCAUGCUGCCGCAUGGACAAGCGGAGAGGAAGCUGUGUAGAGAAGCAUUGUUGUAAUGGCGGAGGGCUGGGAUUUGUGCUUUUCACCUUCAUUUUAUGAGGGUUAAAUAAUUAUCCUCAGCCGAUUCUAUACUCCGUUCUUCUAGAUCGUGAAAGCAAUCAAGCUAAUGAGUAGCACAUUCAUAAAUUAAUAAGGGCUUCUUUUAUAAGGGGGUGUGUAUGUUGAGCAAGGCCCGUCAAUGCGUCUGUAGCCUGAUCUCAAGGGGGAGGCGGGGCGAGCUCAGGACGUGGCGACAAGCUUUCUGGGAAAUGUAGUGCCUCGCUUCUAGUUAAACUCCAAAGCACUAGAUUUAAAGCCGCAGUUGUUUAUUCGUGUUUGGAAUAGUUGGAAAACGUGCCAGAAGAGAGAAUGAUAUAUUUUUUAACUUGUGCCAAAGUAACAUUUCUAUAGGAAUCGUCAUUGUGUUGAUCCAUGUCAAGUAUUUUAAUGGUCUGUUUAGCAAACAUCCCCCUUACACCAGAAACAGCACGGGACCAAGAACGACGCAUUCGCAGGGAGAUUGCUAACAGCAAUGAGCGCAGGCGCAUGCAGAGCAUCAACGCUGGCUUCCAGUCCCUCAAAACACUCAUACCACACAGUGAUGGAGAGAAGUUGAGCAAAGCUGCCAUCUUGCAGCAGACUGCCGAAUACAUCUUCUCUUUGGAGCAGGAAAAGACACGGCUACUGCAGCAAAACACGCAGCUUAAGCGCUUCAUCCAGGAGUUCAGUGGCUCUUCCCCAAAAAGAAGGCGUGCAGAGGAGAAGGAUGAAGGAAUAGGCUCUCCAGAUAUUCUGGAAGAGGAGAAGGUGGAGGACUUGCGGCGAGAAAUGAUUGAACUCCGGCAACAGCUGGAGAAAGAACGUUCUGUGCGCAUGAUGCUGGAGGAACAGAAGUCUUUAGAUCUCGGCAUGAUGACACCACACACCUCAAUGACCAAGGGAACACUAGAUAUUCGCUCUCUGGAUGCCCACCUAUACCCUGAGAAACUGAAGGUGAUUGCCCAGCAGGUGCAAGAGCAGCAUGUGCAGACGCAAACUCUGCUUCGCCUUCACCAGCAGGAACAGCUGGAGAGAGAGGGCACUCCUGCCCGCAAUACACAGGUAUAUUCUCCAGCCACACCGUCUGCUCCCACCCAUCACACCACUGUUAUUGUUCCUGCCCCUACGUUGCCACCUCCUCCACAUCAUGUCACAGUGGUAACUAUGGGCCCUACCUCUGUAAUCAACACAGCAUCAACAUCACGGCAGAACUUGGACACCAUAGUGCAGGCUAUCCAGCACAUCGAGGGCACACAGGAGAAGAUGAGUGUGCCUGAGGAAGAGCAGCGUCGGGCAGUCAUCGUAACCCCGGGCCGUAUCUUCAAUGACACGGCAGACUCGGACACUGCCUCUGACAAUGAAGGUUCUGAGGACUGUUAACUGCACCAGGCAAACAGAGGGGUCAUACGGAGUGGCCUCCUACAGACUCUCUCACUCCCUCUCAUUUUGUUUCUCAUUUAGGCAUACAAACCCAUAGGGUAGGAAAUGGUUUAGUCAAACACAACUAAAAAGCAAACUUGCCAUCUCAUCCACAUGCACAUUUGGACUUGUACUCCCACUCUGAUACAGUGCACUAGAUUAUUUUAUCACUCUGGCUCAUGAUCCAUCCAUACUUCCAAAACAAACUUUCAGUUGCAAAAAAUCAUUUUCUUUUCCAUUCACAUGAUGUUGAAAUGAAUCAGCCUCAAACCGCUGUCUGGUGUGGAUUUUCUUCUGCAUUCUCCCACUAUCUACAGCUUUUUUUCUGGAUUGGACAAUUUCUUGGGCCUUACUGUCUCACUCAUCCCAUCAUAUUUUUCCUGUAAAAACUGGAGAAACUCAUACCUGCCAACCCGUCUCACACCUUUGACCGUCUACUGAAUUUUUUUAUUACUCCAAACCUCCAUUCAUUCUUCCUUCUGUCCUAGGGAGGCUUUAUGGGCACCACUGUGAGCUUACCUAACUUCAGAAGUCAAAUGAACUAUUCCAUUGGCUUUGAAUUUUUAGAGGAAAUGAAAUGAGUACAGCUGUCAUGGGAAUCCAUUUAAGGUGCCUCUAGUCCCAGCAAUGCUCCACCACUUGGAGCACAAAGAUCACCACUGCUUAGUGCAAAAAGGUCCUUUGGAGGAAGGGGGCAGAAUGUGCACUUGGCAUCAUUCACACUCAGCUGGGCUGGGUACCCAGUACAAUAAACUUAUAUAGGCAAUGCACCCCUAAUACGACAUAAAAUUCUCAGCUCUUAUGAUGUUCCUAAUGCUGGCUUAAUGUUUUGUCCAUUUUGUCUGUCAAAAUUGAAUAAGCUAACCAGUAGGUGCUCUGCAGAAAGAUGUAUUUUCCUUAUGUGUGGUUUUGCUAGGAGCAUACAUGCUGUGCAUUCAUCAGCUGGCUGCCUGAGGGCCAGUCUCUCCUCAAGAAAGGCUGGCAGUAGCACUAGCACAUUUCCCAAAGCCCAUAAGCACUCUAUGCAGCUCCCUCAACAGCGAUCUGCUUGUGUAGUUCCUUUGGGGAAUUAAAAGAAGUGCGUCUUGUCCUCAAUGUUGUUUUAUUUGAUUCUGUGACUUAUGCUGUUGAUAAUAGCUGCACUGACGUUUGCAAGGCUUUGUACAUCCUACACACUUGCUCUAUGCAUUCAUUGGUCUAAUCUGCUUACUGGAAUGUUUCUUUUUUUUUUUCCAUUAUUCUUUAUUUUUCUGUGUACAGCAAUGCCUGUGUACAUGGCAGAUAAUCUUAUGGAGCUUUAGCCCAUCUAAUUGGAGCUGUAUGGUUGCAUGGGCUCUCUAAUAUAUCCCAAUGUUUGGAGUUGGAGAAAGGGAGUGCAGACUGCAUGACAUCCUACCUAGGUGUGUAGAGAGAGGGCAGUGGGUUGCUUUAAGAUCUGUUUUAGAGAAACAGUCUGAAGUUGACUAGUAGCUCAGAAUUAUUCAAAUGACCUGUUUUGCCCCAUCAUAUUUCUCAUUUCUCAUGGCACUAUGGCAUGAACGUGGGUGGUGACUUCAAACAUUCCAGAAUGUCCUAGAACCAGGUCCAUGUUCAUUUUUCUCCUCUGCAAAUGCGAUUUUGAUAUUUCUGAUGUUGGAACAGAUGUGACACAUCUGUAUAAAUUUGACUGAAACAAGUUAUGAAUGCCCCAAUGUUACAGGGAACUACUUGCUGUUUGACAUACUGCUUCAGGAUUCAUCAAAUGCUUUCAGCAUGUUGGCUUUCUCUGGCCCUCUCAGUCAGGCUUCAGUGUUGACUGUUGAGAAGCAGGGCUUCUAAAAGAAUGGGCCUGUCGGAUAAUAGAUGGAGUUGAGAUAUAUGAAUAUAUAUAUACACAUAUAUUUUUUAAUUUGAGUGAUGGUCAGAUUGGGUUAUGAAGAGUUUUGUUUUCUUGUUGUUUUUUUUUCUUGCUGUAUUUCUGUAUGUAUAAAAGCUCAGAGGUUCCUCAAAACUCAGCAAUUUCUCUAUCAAAGCCACAGGGUGUCUGUGUUUUUAUUCUACUUUAUACUUUCAGAUGUCUGUAAAAAUACUGUUAAAAAAAACAAACAAAACAAAAAAAAACCAACAGUGUCAGAGGAAUGUGUAUGUGAGGGUUUAACCAAUAGUGUAUAAAAUUAUGGAUCUAAAGCACUUAAUUUUUUUAAGAGAUGCCUCCUAAAUUGAAGCUCUUGGUGCUGUGAGUCCAAACCAUGCAGCUGUUGAACCCUUCUUGACUCUUGGUAUGUCUCCGUCUCCGAAGUCUCUAGACUUUUCCCCUCUCUCAUCUUUCCCUCCCUCUUCAUCGGUCAUCUCCUUCUUUUUUUUGUUGGACACUCUGUCCUAUUUGGUUGUUGAGAAGCUGUUAUAUUUUGUUCUCAUUUAAAAAAACAAACAAACAAAAAAAAACUGGGGAAAAGAGGCAUGUGCCUUUGUAAAGACAGAAUAAUAAAGUUUGUACUACGUUUUUUACAA